GGCGCGUUCACGUGACGGCGCGCUCGAUCAACUCAAUGCGCGUUCACGUGACGGCGCGCUCACACGCGCAGCCGCGUUGGUUUCACGACGCGUCAAUCAAAAAGUAUUAACAUGAACUCCACACGGCAUGAGGCAUGGAGCAUCAGAAGAGCUAGGCUCGGCGUGGCGCUCGCCGUGAUAAAGAGCAAACCUGCGGGGCAGAGCGGCCGAGAACAUGCGGAAAACCUGGUCUCCAAACUCAAACAGCAGGAGGAAACCUGGAAAAGAAAAGCAGAAGAACUUCAAGAUCAAGUGUUGAGUCUCAGACAGGAGCUGCUUCUCGUUAAACUGCUGAGUAAGCAGAGGAAAGGCGCCGAAAGCUCUCAGGGUGAUGACGUAUUCAAGCUCUUGUCCCAGGAUCUCACUGAGGCCCAGCAUUCUGAAAACGACUCGGGCUGCGACACCCAGACCCUUUCCCUAACGCCCGACCCUGCCGACCCUGCCGCUCCACGGUCCAUUCAUUUCAACUUGUCCUUCGACAGAGACCCCUGGGGGCACGCACUCUCCAAACACAUGCGGUUUCUGCAGAACCUGUGCGCGUUACGCAGCACGGGGAAGAACAUGCACAUGGACAGAGGGGAUGCGGUGAUCGAGGACACAUCUGUAAACAUGAUCGAGUCCAUCGUGGAGGCCCACCGAGCCGGCGGAGAAGGAGACGUUUCUCAGCUGCGCCCUUUAGUCCAGGCUUCACGUUUAGUAGCGCUGGCUCUGAAGGGGGGAUUCGGCAAGCGGGACGCUUUGGAGAAAGCAGAAGAGUUAUUAGACGAGCUGCUCGAGAUUCUGCUGAACAAUAGUCAGCUUAAUAAGGUUGCAGUGCAGGACAACCUGACAGAGUGCCUGAUCUGUCUAGGGGGCGCCACCGCGCUCAGAGCUGCGCUGGUUAACCUCGUCCUGACCCGCAUCGUCCGCUUAGCUGAGCACCUUUGGACUGGCUGUCAGGAAGUGCCAGAGGGACAGCAGCCAAAGCAGGUAGACUGGGUCAGGUAUGAGAACUCCUUUUACCUUUUCUGGACCCUAGAACAGCUUAUUCAAACCAGGUCGGAGAGAGCAGGGACCGAGCUGCACCACCAGCACCAAAACAGUCACCUCCAAAUCCAGUUGGAAAAACAUGUCCUCCCUCUUUCGGAUGAGUUCCCCCUGUUCGCUCUUUACAUGUGGAGAAUCGAGGGACUUCUUAAGCCUGCUUGCACCCGAGAGACCUGAGCAUCAAAGCUUGUGUUCCUGCUGCAUGACUGACAGGGUUUUUUUUUUUAACACCCCAAUCCCCAAAUCUCUCAGUAAAGUUGAUGUAAUGUGUGAAAAAUGUGCGAUUUAGACAAAGCGGGAACACAUUUGAAGGUCGGAUAACAGUCAGGUUCUCGGACUAAAACAAUGACAAUGCAAAGACUGUGACCAAUAAAAUAUGUGAAUCUGAA